AUGCACUUAGGAGAAUGGGCUGAAGGGAAAAUGAAUGGUAGCGGAUGUAUGGAAUACGCUGCAGGUGAUCAUAUCUUCCAUGGGCAAUACGCUGCAGGUAAUCAUAUCUACGAAGGAAAUUGAUUAUUGACAAACCGGAAGGUUUUGGCUCUGAAAAAUUGCCAAAUGGGUCAAAGUUCGGAGGAAACUACAAGGAAAAUUCGAAUUCCCUGAUGGGAGCUACUUAGAAGGCGGGUUCGUGAAUAA